CGACCGUACCGUCAUCAAAUUGGCAAUAUAAAUUCUAGGCUUCUAACUUCCUUUCUCUACGCACUUCUAUCAACAUGGCGGCCUCUGGAAAGAAGAAAGGCAAGAAGAAGGGGAAGACUCUGAAUCUAAAUGAGUUCCUGUCAACAGGUGAUAAUACCCCUGCUCCUGGUACCAGCUUUGUUUAUUCUUCAAAAUCAUCAUGGGCAGAUGAAGCAGCAGACGCAGAUGGGGAUUUUUCCUCUUCAACACCAUGGGGAAAUUCCAGCACAACUCUCCCUGAGCGUAUAUCCCUGCCUACUGCACCAAAGAGUGCCCAGCAAGUGGAGAUAGACAAGAGCAAGCUUCCACCAAAUCCUCCUUACACUAUCUACCUUGGCAACCUACCUUUUGACUGUGCAACAGAAGAUAUCAAGAAGUUUCUCAAUGGAGCUAACUGUAAUGUGAGUGAUGUUAGGUUACCAACAGAGGGAGAUACCCAGCGGCUUAAAGGCUUUGGAUAUGCAGAGGUUGAUGAUAUGGAAUCAUUGUACAAGGCACUAUCCCUCAACAAUGCACAAUUAAAAAGCAGACGGAUUCGUGUUGAUCUGGCGAGUCAGGCUCAAACAGAUGGCAAAGGUGGUGACAGAGGCUUUGACAAAACCCCUGGUGAUUGGAGGAGAUCUGAUAACUCAAAUAGAAGUGAAUGGAAUCAGGGUGGAGAUAGAUACGGUAGCUCUAACAGACCUAGUGUACCUAGCGAGAGUGAUAGAGAUAGAUGGCGGGAUAGAGGAAGUUCUGAUAAUGCUGGCAGCAGGGGAUAUGAAGGGGAUAGAAGUUAUAACAGAGACCGUGGAGGUGGAUAUGAACGGAACUAUGAUCGUGGAGGAGUAGGAGGAGGAGGAUUUGAAAGGAACUAUGACAGAGACAGGGGAGGUGGCUUUGGUAAGGAAUGGGAUCGUGGGGGUGGUAGUGGCGGCUACUCUCGCGGUGGUGGAUCCCAGCAAGAUUAUGGUUCUGAUAGACGGAACGACAGAGGUCCCGAUAGGGGCUAUAAUCGUGGUGGUGGCCCUGAUAGGGGGUAUGACAGAGGCUAUGACAGAGGUGGUCCUGAUAGCAGCUAUGGUAGAGGCGGCGGCCCUGAUAGGGGCCCUGACAGGGGAUAUGAACGGGGAGGACCAGACAGAGGUGGAAUGGACAGGGGCUAUGAGAGAGGUGGAUAUGGCCCAGGCAGAGGAGGGUAUGACAGAGAUGAAGAAAGAGAUCAGUGGAGGAGAAACGAUAGCAGUGGGCCUGCAAGAAGAGGAGAUGAAAAUGACUAUGGACCUCCUGAAAGAGAAACACCUCGUGAGAGGAAGAAGCUGGUUCUUCAGAAAAGAACACAACCCAUUGAAGAGAAUCCUACCAAAGCAGCAAGUACUGCAUCAAUCUUUGGAGGAGCUAAACCUGUAGACACUGCUGCUAGGGAAAGAGAGAUAGCUGAGAGACUUGAGAGGGAAAAGAGACAGUUUGAACAACAGAAACACACACAGAAUUUAGAUAAAGAAGUCCCGAGGAAAGACGGCCCAGAGCAUACCACUGCUCGUGUAAGGAGAGACAGUGAAAGAUCAGAAGGAAGGGAAGGAAGAACACGUCACAGUAGCUCAGGCUCAGGAAGGGGAGGUCCAAGACCAGUAAUAAUGAGAAGAGAAAGUGAAAGGUCUAAUGAUGAAGAGGUAUUCCAUAAAGACGAUCAGGCACCAGUCUCGCCUACUCCUACAUCUCCGCCUCCACCCAAGACUCCUACCUCACCUAGGCAAGAAGAUGUUAAGUUAAUACCAGCCCCACCUCCAAAGGAGAAUGCAUGGGCAAAGCGCAGUGAGACAGUAGCAUCACCUCCAGCCAGCUCUACAGUCGGCAAAUCUUCACACGCUUCACCAUCAGACCGAUCAUAUAGUGAGUCCGGUGCAUGGAGGGACGGUGAUAAACCAAGGGGAGGAGGAGGUGGUGGUAGGGGAGGAGGAAGGGGUGGAGGGCCAUCUGCGAGAGGGAGAGGUAUGUCAUCAAGAGAAGGUGGUGGACGAGGAGGAGGUGGAGGAAGAGGACAGCCUGAUGGUGAGAGAAAAUCAAGAGAUGAUGGACGAAAUAAACCCCCUGGUCCUAUGCCCAAGUAUGAGGAACCAAAAGCUAGGGACUGGUCAGAUGCCAAUAAGUUUUCAUCUCUCUUAGAAGAUGAACUUGGGAAUGCAUCAGAUUAACACCUUUCUAUGAGAUCAAGUUAUUUCAAAAAUCUGUUGCGAGAGCAUGGAGUAUCCAAAGGUGUAGCAUUUUAUAUUUUCACUUUGCUUUUCACUAUGAUAUGAGUAUCUAUGUUUUUUCCAUGCUUUCGUGAGAUUUUGAGUCUCAAAAUUCUUUUUUUUUUACUUCCUUUCAAUUUAAAGUCUGUUUUUAAGUUUAAGUAAAAUAUAUUCAUUUACAAAGUUUGAAUUCAGCUUCAAAUGAAACGAAUUGGCAUGGAUACCACAAAACACAUGUGUGAAAGAUUCAGACGAAAAAUAUGACAUUUUGGGAGAAAAUACAAAAUUGCUGGGUUUAUUUUGUCGGGAUCCCCAAAACAUGAAAAAUCUGUUGUAGGUUUUUUUAUUUUUAGCUUAAAACCAUUUCCCAACCAUGGUAUGUGGUGAAAAUGUGAGUAUUCAAUAUUUGUAUAAAGCUUCCUGAUCAUAAGCAAUUACCAAAGUUGUAAGGAAAGUGUUUGAAUUGCCUUUAUUCAGACACACAAAAAUAUUUCCGAGAGAGAUGGCGCUAAAGCAGAGAAAUGGAAGAACUCAAAUUUUUCACAAAUUGGUCUUUGAAGAGUUAGAUAAAAUGGUCCUUACUAUUUCAAAAGAUUGGCAUGAAAGAAUUAUAUUUUUAUGUAAUUCACAUUUUUUUUACAAAGCUUUAGACAGGCAUUUAGUUGACUGUAGUAAUGCUGCUGUUGAAGUUUCUUUGAAAUGCUCCCUCUGUAUGUCAUGUUAUCACUAUGGCAUAACCAAGUUAAUUUAAUUCAUCUUCAAACAGACUCAUUUUGAAUACAAUGGACCAUGUUAAUAAAAAUCCUUGUAGUAAAAAUUACGAUAUUGUGAAUUUUAUUGAUUGUAAUCUGUCUUAUAAAGAGAAUAUAAAUGAAUGGUAUCCAUUUUAUGGGUUUUUUUAAGGUCAUGUGGUUUUUAAUUUCUAUUAGAAAGUAAAGUUUAGUUUUAUAUAAAAACAUCAAAUUGGAUCCAGGUUAGAUUUGAUGAGAUGUACCCAUUAAAAUCAUAAAUUUGAAAUGAAAAGUUUUUCUCAAUAUAUUAGACAGGUACGUCAUCUGAAACAUAUGCAAUGCAUUUUCAUUUACACUUCACGACAUGAUGUAUGCAAGUAAGACAUUAGAUUCAAGGAAUAUAUUGGACUAGAUUAACCUGCCCUUCCGUAGUAUCUGUUAAUCUCUUCUAUUAGAAAUUUUAAAUUUGAAUUAUUCAAAGGAAUGCCCUCCAAAAUGUUAUUUGUUUUAAUAGAGGCAGAUAUGGAGAGAACAGUUUUUAAUAUGUAGGAAACUUCUAAAGUUCCAGAGUUCAUUGAAGAUGAUCUUUUAUGAGGUUGUAAGUUUAUGACAUUUUAUGCAACCUCACUCAUCCUCAUUUAAUCUUCAUUUUAUUCAAUAUCAUUUUGUAAUUGAUCAAAUACUGUGCAAAAAUUAAAUGGUAAAAACAAAGUAUUUUCAAUGUUUGUAUUGAGGGUACAUGGACAAAUGAAAUUUUAUUUGGAAAUAAGAAAAAUUUGUAUAUUUUAACACAAAUAUCUGAGAUGAUGUGACAGCACAAUUUGAUGCCUAUAGAACAUUUUAGUUGUCAUAUUUUCUUUAAAUGCAACCAAUAACAAUGUAUGACAAUACUCGCAAUAAUCUUUAAAAUGUGCUGUGAAAUGUGAGAUUCUUGAUUUUUUUUUUUUUUAUGAUAACAUAUUACAUUUAGCUGAAACUUGGUAUACAGUGAUCCAGGCCCACCUGUGAUAAAUCAUGAUUGAUUUUCUCUGAGUUUUGUUUUUAAGCUCAACUCUUCUUUGUAACAGUCCCCUGGAACUUUGGCUGUGAAUUGAUAUUUUCUAUUUAAAAAAAGAAAUAAUUCCUAAGUAAAGAUAUCGUAUAUGCUCCCAGGCUAUAAGAAUCCAGUUCAUCAUCUGUCUGAUUCCAUAUAAAAAAAAUUAUUCAAAUCUUGCUUUUUGAUGGUCUUAGCGUUUCUCAAUAAAAAUCUCAAAUCAGGUAAAGAGUUAAAAUUUAUUACUUAAUCAUGAUGAUGUUCUAUUUUCUGCAUUUUUAUACAUUUUCUUCCUUCAAGGAUGAUUAUGCUUUAAAAUAUUAGUUAUCUAGUAUAUUUCCAUUUUAGUGAGAAAUAUUCACGAUGAAAAUGAGUUUUCACAGCAAUGUUUACAGUAUAUAGGUUAUGAAUACAUCUGUCCUUUAGGAAAAACACUGGACCUUGCCUAGAAUGAUUGCGAUCUCUUCAGAAUUUUAUUAUCUAGGAAUAGGAGCAAGGCAUUAAAUGAUAUGAUCCACUUUGAAUAUUUUCUUUGUAACAUGCUUUACUAUGUGGUUAUUUUUAUCUUGUCAAUAUCCUCCAUUUUUCUGCUGUAUUUUUUUCCUUCCUCUCAUAUUAUCUUCAUACUUUUCUAAAGAGUAUUAUCUUUGCUUCAGAAAAGUUUGUUGGUUAAAAAUUGUGAAUGUGUAUAUUAACUUGAGAUUUCGAUAAUUGUUGUGAAUGGAAACAUAUCUGAAUUGUUUUAUUUAGAAGGCGAGUAUCACAUGACCACCUUUUGAUUGGAGAGAGGAUACUCUUAUUCAUCAAAUGCCUGAUUUUAGAAUUCAAAUGUGGCAAAGCCCAAUACUGUAUUUCUGUACUACAUUUUAAAGAUCUAUCUUGGUUAUUUUUGGAGUAUUUCUCAACAGCGUUCAUAUAUGUUUCUUGAAUUAUGAACUUGAACGUAUGAAAUUUUGAAUGAAUGCGAAUAAAGUACAAAAAGAUGAA